AUGAGUGGUGGUUGUUUAAGGCGGGCCGCCGACGAGAUUCUACAAAAACCUAGCAGACAUAUCAAAGAAAAUCACUUGAGGGAAGCUGCAGCCGCAUCAUCAGCUCUUCACGACUCCGACAUUGAAGAUGAUGUCGACGAGGAGUUCGGAGAACUCGAAAAGAGCGAUGAAGAGGAGCACGAAGAUGAAGAAAUCGAAGAAGACAGUGGCUCGUAG